AUGCGCAAGUAUCAGCCGUCGAACUGGAACAAAGCAGUGCAGAUGUGCAGCAAGGCCAGGGAGUUCGCUUUGGCUUUGGCUAUUCUGGAGUGUGCCAUCAAACCAGUGGUGAUGCUGCCUGUAUGGAAAGACUCUCUCGGACACACCAGGCUGCAUCGCAUGACCUCCAUAGAGAGGGAGGAUAAGGAGAAGGGGAAGAAGCGAGAGAAGAAGCUGGAGGACGAGGAGACGCUGCAGCAGGCCACCUGGGUGAAGUACAGCAUCCCCAUCAAGCACCAGGUAACAGAACAACAAACCCAUCUGUCGAACAGCGCCUCCUGCUGA